AUGUCAAUUUCAUCCAGCUUCCAUUAUAUCAGUUCCCUACCGGCCGUGAAUACCACCGGUACUACUGACCACUGCGAGGAGGUUGUAGAAUACUUUUCGAAGCUAGAACACGCAAGCGACUUACAGGGAAGUGAAAGCACUGGCAUGGAAUUCGCGCAAGACUGUGACAACCAUUCAUCGGCUCAGAUACCGUCACAAAUGAAGAAUGAUAAUAAUACUGGACACAAAGAGACUUUCGAUUCUUCUUCAAAAGUCGAACCACAUAUAUCUCCAAAGUCCAAGCAUUCUUUUUACAUUCACGGUGACGUGCCUCAUGACUAUGGCAAGCUCAACCAACAUGCGUACCCUGGGUUCCCACAAAGUCUAGAAUCUCCUUCGCAUAAAAAUUUACACACUUCCUUGCCUAUCCGCUCUUUUCAAAACGAUGUGGCAAGUAGUGCCUCAAUCCCUCCAGCCUUUCGGUCUCACGAUUUUGAAGACGGUGCAAAUCCAAUAUCGAAAUUCUAA